GGUUCUUUGACAUUUCGUAGUAUUUGUGAAAAAUGUAAGAAUUUCAGUUUUGUUCGCCGAUAAAUUAAGUUUUCAUGAAUAAAACAAUAUGCUUAUUGUAAGGAAUUGGUGUUUAAAUAUUGUGAAAAGGGUGUGACUCUCUGUGCUUAUGUGUUAUGGAAUUGAAUUAGUAGUAUUUUAACAAUUUUAUUCAAUAAAUAAUAAACUAAAAAUCACUAUUUAAUUUUAAUUGUUAAAUAAAUAACAAGUUCCUAUUUAAAAUCGGGUGUUUGUGUACUCAAUACAGUAAACCUUCGGAAGUGCAUAUUACGCGAAAGCGAUAAAAUAAAAUUUAAUCAACAUAAACAUGCAUUAAUUUAUCUAAAUAAAUGAAAAAAACGCGUUUAAACGAUUCUAGUGUAAAAGCUGAAGUUAGUAUUAAAUAUGGGAAUUGUGAAUUAGUAUUAGUUGUAAACUGUAUUGAUUCAAAUACUAAAAUGGUUACGAUGAAUUCGUCGGAAAAGGUCGGGCAGAAAGCCAUUCAACAAGGACCCUCUAGAGAGUCGAAAUGCAUAAAAGAAGAAAAAGAUAUCCACAAAGAGAAGGAGAAGAAAGAAGUAGCUAUUGCCAACCUGCCACCGAAUGUACAAGCGUUGAUGUCCACAAUACCAUCACCGGAAGAAUCACCAAACUAUCUGAUUUAUAAAAAGAUGGAAGCCAUUGUUGAGAAGAUGCAAGAUGAGAACACAGGAGUGCCUGUCAAAACUGUAAAGAGUUUCAUGAGUAAAAUACCUUCGGUUUUCACCGGUUCAGAUUUGGUUGCGUGGAUAAUGCGUCACUUUAGACUGGAGGAGAGCGGGGAGGCUCAACAUUUGGCACAUUUGCUCGCAGCACAUGGAUAUAUGUUCCCAAUAGAUGACCAUUAUCUCACCGUUAAGAAUGAUAAUACAUAUUAUAGGUUCCAGACGCCGUAUUUCUGGCCGUCCAACCAAUGGGAGCCUGAAAACACAGAUUAUGCGGUAUACUUGUGUAAGAGAACAAUGCAGAAUAAAGCGCGUCUAGAACUAGCGGACUAUGAGGCGGAAUCCCUCGCUCGUUUACAGAAGAUGUUUAGUAGGAAAUGGGAAUUUAUUUUCAUGCAGGCUGAGGCUCAGAGUAAGGUUGAUAAGAAAAGAGAUAAAUUAGAGAGGAAAGUACUGGACAGUCAAGAAAGGGCGUUCUGGGAUGUUCAUAGACCUAUGCCUGGCUGCGUUAAUACAACGGAAUUGGAUCCGAAGAAACUUUCUCGUAUAAAUGCACUAAAAGCGCGGAGAAUGAGACAAUGUCAAGAAUUAUUGUUACAGCAUAAUAUAAAGACUAAUCCGAUAGUAACUAUCACAAAUCCUCAAGAAAGUGAAGAAGAAAUCCAAAAGAAUGCAGAAAUAAAUGCUGUUAAAGAAAAUGGUGAGACUUCAGCUGUGGUAGAGAAGGAGCCAGAAGAGAACUUAGAACAGCAGUUGGAGGCAGCUCGGAGGCAGGUGGCUGUGCUGAAGACGCGUUUGGAAAGAAGGAAUGUUCGCGUCAGUAAAGUUGCUGAUAUGUUUAUAUCGUUCUGUGAACAAUAUGCGGAAUAUGAUCCAUUUUUGACACCACCGGAAUGGCCCAAUCCAUGGAUUAAUGACACCACCGAGCUAUGGGACCAGGAGAAACUGUGUAAGGAUCCCUUACCUGCUCGUCGUGUCCGUCGCUGGGCGUUUGGUUUACGUGAAUUAUUACAUGAUACCGCGGGCAGAGAACACUUCGCUAAGUUCCUGAAUAAGGAGUUCAGUGGAGAGAAUCUUAAAUUCUGGUUAGCGGUCCAGGAGUUGAAAUCCCUCCCUAUAAGACGCGUGGCUUCCCGCGCUAAGGACAUAUGGAGGGAGUUCCUCGCCGCGGACGCGCCCUCCCCCGUCAACAUUGAUGCUGCCAGUCGUGAAUUGACGCGAGUGAAAGUAGAGUCGGGAAAACCUGAUAGAUAUUGCUUCGAUCAAGCGCAGGCUCACGUAUACCAUUUAAUGAAAUCUGACAGUUAUUCAAGAUAUCUACGUUCAGAAAUGUAUAAAGAUUAUCUAAAUGGAGCUAAAAAGAAGACAUCAGUGAAAGGUAUUAGGUCCAUAGUAUCUUUUACGGGACGUAAGGAACAAUCGGCGAAUUAAUUGGCUACAUUUCGCCAAUAUAGCGAAGAAAAGACAGAUAGCAGACAAGGAUUAAAGUGUUUUAUGGCUUUUUCCUAUUGCCAGAAAUUAAUUACACGCGUUAAUGUCAAAUUUGACAGCUGUCAAGUGUCAGGUUAGGUUGAAUUGUUUUUUAGACAGUACAUGUCAAAUUUGACAGUAAGGUUAAACGAUUAUGACGCUCCUUCCAGGAAAUGGCAAGAUCACUGUACUGUCAAGUUUUUUGUACACUUGUCACAUUUUUUGACUGUCGUGUCAUAUUUUUUGGUUUUGCAACAUUUAGUGACGGAACUUUUAUAAACACGGAUAACAUUGUCACAGUACACUUUUGACAGCUGUCAAUUUGACGUUUGACAUUUCAGAAUGUCUUUGUUUUUUGUGUACUAAAUUACAAAUAAGAAUACUCAUUCUAAUAAAAUUGUAAUAACGUUUUUAAGACAAAUACAAACUAAAAACAAUGCAUUUUUUAUGUUAUGUUUAUAAUCGUUAUUUUGACAGUUGACCAGUGAUGUUUUGACAGUAAUUUGACAGGUUGUCAAAAUUAUACAUUUGCAAUUUUUAAACAAUGCAAUAUUUGAAUAUUGUAAAUAAAUGUAAGUUUAUGAUAAAUCAUAAUUUAAUACUCACUGUAGUAAAAAAUACAUAUUAGAUUUUUUUCUUUUGUCAAUAAUUUGAUGGCUCCUACGGAAACUAGUGUAUGUUUGAAAUUUUAAAUUUUCAAGACAAGACUUUAUUAAUCUUAUUAUAUAUUAUCGUAUUCGAUGGAUAACCAAAAUACACUGUUUUUUUUAAGUAACUUUUUAUAUAAAAAAUAAUAUUUUCAAAUUUUGAAAAUCAGCACAAGGAUUAAAUCUCAAAAUUGUUGCUUUUAUGUAGGAGUCAUCGAAAUGUCUCUAAAUAUGAAUAUUGUUGUUUUAUAUUUUUUUUUUCGGAAAUCGGUCAAAUCU